GAGAAAGCGAGGAAGACGCGGGGGCGCGCAGCUAACCGGUUCCAAGUGUUGUCUAGAAGACACAAAUUGAUGUCCAGACAUGGAUUGGAACUCUCCUGUUGUUCGUGAGUUCGAAGUGACACGAGCAGCACGAAGAAGAAGCAAAAAGGCUGCAUUUACACUUGCACAGGAUGACGCUUUCACCCCAGCCAGCGGCACUAUGACCCCUGGUUGGGCCCCUUCGCGUGCCACGCCUCUUUCCCUCUUCAAACAGUCCUGCACCCCCAGGAGUGCCCUCAGGAACCCGGACGUGUCGGCCAUCUUGCGCACGGGGAGCAAGUCGUCACGCUUCGUGAACACGCCUCAUGCCAAAGGCAGCCUCAGCGUGAACCUGGAUGAGAGUGACUGGACCAACACCCUCUACCCUUCCCCCAUGUCUGUGUUUGAGGACGGCAGCUUCACAGAUGAGGUGAACAUGAGUGCUGUUAUGCUGAAGGAGGACGACCCAGGGGAGGCUGCUGCAGUAAGCCUCUUCCCAGAGUUUCUGCAGUCAUAUCUGCAUCACUCGUCCAGUGCUGUAUUUGACCUGUUGGAAGACUAUGAGACUAUCUGUCAGGAAAAGGUGAAGACCCUGCAGAAGCUGGUCCUCCGCUCGGCCACCACGCAGCAGAAGACCUCAAAGACGGCCAGCGUCGCCUGGCUGCUGGAGCAGGAGGCAGUCACCUGGAGACUCAUCACCUCGCUCUACAGGGACAGGAUCCAGACCGCCAUGGAGGAUGGUCUAAUGAUGGACGUUACUGUUCCCAGUGAGAGUGAGAAAGUCAUAAUGGAGCAGCUGUUCCAGAGGGACGGCGUGGUCCGACAGAGCCAGCUGGUAGUGGACUGGCUGGAGAGCAUUGCCAAAGAUGACAUUGGCGAUUUUUCUGAUAAUAUCGAGUAUUAUGCCAAGACUGUGUACUGGGAGAACACCCUACACACCCUGAAGCUGAGGCGGGACAAGCCUAUGGCAGGCUUUAGCAGGCCCCUGGUGACAGAGCUGGACCCUGACGCCCCCAUCAGGCAGAAGAGGCCUCUGGCAGACCUGGACCGGGAGGAUGACGCACGCCUGCUCCGAUACCUCUUCACUCUCAUCCGUGCAGGCAUGACUGAUGAGGCUCAGAGACUAUGUAAGCGUUGUGGUCAGGCUUGGCGUGCAGCCACUUUAGAAGGUUGGAAGCUGUACCAUGACCCCAACAUCAACGGAGGUGGUGCAGAGCUGGAGCCAGUAGAGGGGAAUCCCCACAGGUGUGUGUGGAAGGUCUGCUGCUGGCGGAUGGCAGAGGAGGAGCAGUUCAACAGGCAUGAGAGAGCCAUCUACGCUGUAUUGAGUGGAAACCUCAGACAGCUGCUACCUGUCUGUGAGACGUGGGAGGACACUGUGUGGGCGUAUUUCCGGGUGCUUGUGGACACCCUGGUGGAGCAGGAGAUGCGUUCAUCUGGUCUGAGUCACGAGGAAUUGGAGGAGCUACCCAGAGAGUACCUGGAGGCCAGUUGGACGAUGGAAAAAGUAUUUGAGGAGCUCCAAGCCACCGAGUCAAAGAGUGUCCUGGAGGCGACCCGGGAACACUACCACGUCAUCCAGAAGUUUGUCAUACUCUCAGACUUGGAUGGCCUAAUGGAGGAGUUCAGUGAUUGGUUGGGAAGGACUCCGCCCCUGCCGGGUCAUCUCCUGCGCUUCAUGACACACCUGGUGCUAUUCUACCGCAGUCUUGGCAUGCAGCUCAAGGAGGAGGUGUGUGUGGAUGUGCUGAAGGCUUACAUCUCUCUGCUGGUGAAGGAGAAGCAACUGGAGCUGAUUGCUUUCUACGUCAGUCACCUGCCGAUAGAGAUGGCUGUGACCCAGUACGCCCGCUUCCUGGAGGAGGUGACGGAGAACGAACAACGCAGGCGCUGCCUGGAGCUUGCCAGCAAAGCCGGUUUGGACGUGGCAGCCAUCACUAAAACAGUGGUAGAGACAGUCAGAGAAAGAGACAGUGAGGAGUUCUCCCACCAUGAUCUGACCCCUGCCCUUGACACUGGCACUACAGCGGAAGACCAGCAGAAGAUCGACAUCAUUGAUUGGCUGGUGUUUGACCCCGCCCAGCGAGCUGAGGCCCUGAAACAGAGCAACGCCAUCAUGAGGAAGUUCUUAGCCUCUAAGAAACACGAGGCUGCUAAGCUGGUUUUCGCCAAGGUUCCAAAAGAUUCCAUGAGGGAAAUUUACCACCAGUGGGAGGAGCAAGGUAUGAACAUGCCCCUGCCUGCGGAGGAGGAGAACGCCAUCCGUGAACACCUCUGUAUUCGUGCCUACCUGGAAGCCCAUGAGGCCUUUAAUGAGUGGUUCAGACACCUGAACUCCUCUCCUGUAAAGCCCACUGCACCUGCUCAGGCCAAGUUCACAGAGAAGGUCGCCUAUGAGAUGAAGGAGAAAGAAUACAAGAUGGAGUUUGAGAACUGGCAGGGCCGGCUGGAGGCCCUAACGGAGGAGGUGAAGGAGCGCAUAUACAACGUGCUGCUGUUUGUGGAUGGAGGCUGGAUGGUCGACGUCAGAGAGGAUGCUGAGGAGGACUCUGAGCGCUCUGUUCAGAUGGCUCUGUUGCGGCGCCUAUGUUUGCCCAUGAUGACAUUCCUGCUACUCACAGUGCUGCAGCGGACUGCGCGCCACCAGGAGAGCCUUCGUCUCGCCGACAUCAUCGCCUCCGACCAACACAGACUCUACGAGGUUUUCACUAGAGAAGAGCUUCAGAAGUUUCUUCAGAAGAUGAGAGAGUCAUCUCUGCUCUUGUUGGAUAAAGGGCUGGAUCCGCUUGGCUAUGAGCUCCAGUCCUAGAUCCUGUGACAUACACCCUCAUGCUUUCUUUCUUUCAUUUGGCUUUUUAAAAGAAUCAGAGAUGUCUUGUAUUUUGUACUUGAAUAAAGAUUUGUGAAUGGUUGGAGAACUGUGA